AUGAUAUUUGGUUUUGGAUUGGUUCUAAAUGAAACUAUUACAUCAUACACAUGGAUGUUGGAGAAUUUGUUGGAGGUUAUGUGUAAUAAACCUCCAUCCGUUGUCAUAACCGAUGGGGACGAUGCAAUGAUUGCAGUGGUGAAAAAGAAGAAUGUUACUUCAAAUGGAAGUGAGCAAAUGUUUCGUGAAAUAUUCUCUAAGUGGCUAUAUGCGGACAUGGAGGUUGACGAGUUUGAGUUCCAAUGGGAUCAAGCUGCUGACGAGUACAGUUUGCACCAAAAAUGUUGGGCAACGCAGAUGUAUGAGAAGAGGCACAUGUGGGAAAACGCAUACCUACGCGGCAAGUUUUGUGCUGGAUACCGGACCCCAUCUAGGUGUGAGGGGAUAAAUUCUCAUGUCAAGAAAUUCCUAACCUCGAGACACAGUAUUGUGGACCUUGUACAAAAUCUGGAGUUGGUGGUCUGUGAAUACCGUAACAAUGAGUUGGUUGCACAGUUCACUUCAAUGUACAGUGCUCCAGUCCUCACAAUGUGUUUGGAUCCUAUUGAGAAGUAUGCUGUGGCUGUCUAUACUAGAGCAAUAUUUAUGCAAGUUAAGAGAGAGAUUGAUGGUGUAGGAGGCCUUAAUUUUGUGAGCAAAAGGAGGGUUUCAUCGACAAUGGUCUGCACUAUCGAAGAAUAUGGUCAUCCUAGUCAGAACGUAGUGACCUUAUUUGACAAUAACUCAUUAAAGUUUGAAUGUCGAUGUCGAUUUUGGAAAAAGGAAGGAUUUCCGUGUAAGCACAUUGAUGAAUCCACAUUUCAUGAUAUUUAUUUGCUUUAUUUGGGUGGAUUUCAUCAACUUUUCUACCACUUAUCCAUUGAAAUAGUAUAG